AUCACAGAGGCUGUUUGACCCACCGCAGAAACACCAGUGCGCAUGCGUGCUUGGCAUAGCAACACUUUGAGACAGUAGCGCAGGACGGGAGGACUGUGUUUGCAUUUGGGGACAUACACAGCUCACCCCAAACAGUCCUACCCACAGUAUGGGGAGUGUGUUCUUGCCAGCGGAUGCAGCCCACUCGGUGCUGCGCCGACUGCGCAGGGCCAACUCCAUGUUAGAGGAGAUGAAGCAGGGGAACAUCCAGAGGGAGUGCCGUGAGGAGACCUGCACCUAUGAAGAGGCACGAGAAGCUUUUGAGAAUGACGAAAAGACGAAGCGUUUCUGGGAGGAGUAUGUGCAGGAAAGUAAUCCAUCCGGUGGGCUGGACACAGUUGGAGCAGUCAAGUCCCUGUACUUAAUCGUGCCAUUGUUGCUGGUGGUUCUAAUCAUUGCUAUUAUCGCCAUCACUGUCUGGCGCUGCCACUUCCGCAAACAUCCGCAGCGCAGCCCGAGCCUGGGACACUCUCACCAUGACCACGUCCUUUCAGUGGUCUCUAUGGACGCUUGGGGGCGUAGUUAUCCUCAUGGUGACCAAUCAGAACUGAGCAUCCACAGCAGUCCAGCUCACGGUGGCGGAUCAGAGCCCACCACAUACAGAGGCAGUGCUGCAGACCCCCCUCCAUCAUAUGAGGAAGCGGUGGGUCAUACAGAUGUGCAGAUAGAGAGUGAGCCACCCCCACAGUACGAUGAUAUUGUCAACACCAGCACUGCAUAUGUCAUCAGCAGCCGUGCAAAGUAAAAAGCUUUAUUAGCUGCAGACUGUGGCAGUGGACUUUUAGCACUCCUGUAACAUCACCAGCCAACCCAACUUGCUAAAUGGUUUUGUCUUUGUUGGAGCCGUUCUUGAAUUUGCACUAACCUUUUUUGUCAUUUGAUACUAAGAACAAAAAAUUUUGAUUAAUGAAUUAACUUAAUUUAGGUUCUUACAGUCUAGCAAAUGGUUGAGUGGGCAUAAAUAUUGUUGCAUGUGACAGAAUAGGUUGAAUUGCCAUACGUUUGCAAUAAUAAUAUGCAAAUAGAAAAUGCAUUGUUGUUGGGCAGUGCCAAACACUUUCUACUAACUUAAGUUACAUGAGUUAUUACAGUUAAAGUUAAAAAGGUUUGUAGUUUGUAAGAAACAAAUUAUUUUAUGCUCAGAAACAUCAUGAGUUAUGUCUAGUGCGUUUGAAACAAAGCGCUCAAAUCAAAACAAUAAAAACAAAUGCAUACAUUUGUCUAAACCUUUGAUGUUGCAGUGUAAUAUAAAAUGUAAAUACUGUAUAUGCUAUGUGAAUCUAUGCAGCCAAGUAGCAGUGCUUGGAGUUGUUCAUAAUUAAUGGCCUAUAUUGAUUACUUGUAAUGGUGGCCAGGGAGCCUAACUGUGAAAGUCCCUCUAGUGUCUCCCUCUUAUAGAAAAAUGUAACUAAUAUUGGCUACAGAACUACAGAAACAUUAGUUAUUCUGCCCAUACUAACUGUGCACUAAAGGUGGAAGAAAGAAAAUGGGAAGAAGGAAAAUGAAAGGGAAAGGCAGUAGUGGACAGGUGAUGCAAAAUGACAUUGUAAUAUUUAUUCCUUAUGAAAACUGUUUAGAUUGUAUAAUCUAAUUGUAUAUAGAAUGGGUUGUGUGUAUGAAUGACAUCUACAUUUACUGCUUGUGAAUGCAGUAAAUGCACAUACAUGCACUGUAUUAAAUUGAUUAUGUAAGCACUUUCUGAAGCUCAUUUGAGCUGUUAUGAACUAUAGGAUGGUCUGGCUUGCCAAUGUCUUUUCAAGCAAAAUGUUUUAUGCAAUAAUGCUGCAUAAAGUCCUACAACCAGAUACCUUUACCUAACGUACACUGAAGCUGACUCCACACCAGCACUGCUUUAGUUUUUACUGUACCUUUGAGAUGAUUCUGAACCUCAGCACUUGACACAUUCUGACAGACUUGUAUACUUACCAGUAAUGUGAUCUAAUGUACUGUUCAUUAAAUCUACUAUGCCUUAUACUGAAUACGAUAUGUUAACUCUAAUGCAAAGAAUAUGGUUUAAUAUUGUGUUGAAGCUUGAAAUAUUUGUCUAAAUAAACAUUUCACUUUUCUAAACUCA